AGCACGGCCGCCAUGCUGAUGCCGGGCGCGCUGGGCGGGCCUGACGGCGUGUCGGCGCUGCUGGGCGGCGCCGAGGGCUUGGGCGCCGGCCUGGGCGCGGCCGGCCUCCCCGGCGUGACGCUGGCGGGCGGCCAGGGCGGCCAGCAGGGCGCGGGCGUCCAGCAGAAGGACACCACCUGGACCAAGCUGUUCGUCGGCGGCCUCCCCUACCACACGACGGACAAGUCCCUCCGCGACCACUUCGCCGUCUACGGCGACAUCGAAGAGGCCGUCGUCAUCACCGACAGACAGACCGGGAAAAGCCGCGGCUACGGAUUUGUCAUCAUGGGCGAUAGACCGGCUGCCGAGCGCGCGUGCAAGGACCCCAACCCCAUCAUCGACGGCAGGAAAGCCAACGUAAACCUCGCCAUCCUCGGCGCAAAGCCCAGAGGCAACGUGACACCUGGUUUCACGUUCCCCGGCAUCAGAACGACCGGAUACCCUUCAGUACUACCAAGCCAGUACGGCGUGCCCCCCAGCUACGUGUACCCGGCGCCCUACCUGUCGGCCGGCCCCGGAGUCGUGUCGCUGCCGCCGGCUCAGCUCUCGCACGCCGCCGCCGUCGCCGCCGCCGCCUCCCAGUUCUACGAGUACCAGAACGCGGCCGCGGCCGCCGCCGCCGCCGUCUCCUACCCCGGCCAGUACCCCUCGAGCUUCGAGGGCUACCCCUACACGAGCGCGGCCGCAGUACACGCGCCGGAGUACUGCGGGUUUACCUACUCACUUCGGCCGAGAGGCGCCGUGAUGCCUGCUGCCCAAACGAAUUUGUCACUGGCUGCGGAAUACUUGUCGUGGAAAACAGGUGCCGCAGCGGCUAGCUACAUGACGCCCUACACCUACGCCACCCUCCCCCAGUCCGCUUCGGGCCUGCCCUCGGCCGCCAGCGCCAGCGCCUUCUCCGGCCUGUCGCCCUACCAGUCGGCGGCCGGCGCAUCGCUACAGGAGGCGCGCCUGCAGUAGUACCGGGACCAGCUCCAUGGGCCUUCCCUACCCAGUUAGAUUAAUUCUAGCGGGGCCUUGUGGGGCGCGGCCAGCGCGACCAGCCGUCCGGGAGGACACCCUGGGCUGAGCGCCAGCCCGACCACGGGCCCCAUAUCAAAUUCAUAUAUUUGCUCACACGCUCUACCAAAUUUAUAAUACCAAAGUGUUGAAGUGCCCUAUUACUUUCUCGCUUGACGCUGAGAUGGGAUAGUGGCAUCCCCAUUCGGAGACCUUAUGUGGUGUUACGAUAAUGUGGUAAAGCAAAGUCUGGGUCUCGCAGAGGUAUGUCCCCUAACUCCCUCCUGGCGGCAUUGUUUCUUUGUUGAUUACAUAAAUUUUAUCUCUCAUAUUGUGCUGUGCAAGUUGUUAGUUAGGAACACACGCCAGGAGGGUUGUAGGCACUUUGAUUCUGGAGUUAACAGGAGUAUUUCAAUCUUUACAUGAGAUUUUGCAGUAGGUGACUGUCCUUGAUAGAAGGCAUAUGUUAUUUUAAUGAUUUUAUGACUAUUUAUGAUGUGGAGAAUCUCAUUGUAAAGGUUGUAUUUAAAAUAAGUUAUUAUUAUUUUAGGCUUUGUCAGGGCGGUCUUUUAAUCAGUAAGUGCAUACACUACCAUAAGAAACUUUUAUUCCGUUGAUGUCUUUUAAUUGGGGUUAUUAUAUAUAAUGUAUAUAUCUAUAUAUAUCAGCUUCACCUCUUGAAGUAUAACUGUUUAUGCCUUUAUUCUGUCUGUGUUAUCAGAUGGCUUGCCUGCUGAUUAUGAAUUCUGCCAAUACUAUCAUCAAGGUGGUAACAUGUUGAUGUUGAGUGAUUCUGUUUUGUGUCCAUCUCCACUUGUGGUGUGAAAGUGAUUGAAUGAAUUGAUAACUCAAUUGAAAUACUUUUAUUGGGAUUAUUCCUCCCUAAUGCUCAGAAUCAAAGAAAAUAGUACUUCAAGCGUUUUUUUACAGUCUGUUGAUGCAGCUGUUGUUAGGAGUUGUUGUUGAUAUAUGUGUUAUCUAGUCUGUUGUAGAGUGUGGUCGGAAGGAGCAUGGGGUUGUAUAUGAUUGCCUUCUUGAUUCACUAAUCAGACAUUAGAAUGGAAGUACUUAGCGCGUGUUUGAUUGUUGAGAGAGCCACCCCUAAGAGUGGAGAAGCAUUACUGUUAUUCAUCGACCUCCCUAAACUGUUAUAUAUGUAUAUGAGUACUCUAUGUUUCCCCUAUUUGACCAAUGGCUUGUAGAAUUGCUUAUUAUUGAGACAUAUUGGUACAAAUUUUACUUGUAGUGGUAUUGGCAAAAAAAAAGUGUUCAAGAUAUUUUGCGGCAACUCGGAUAAAUAUUCUCUUAGCUGCAUCUAGUGAUACAUUUCAAUUCUAUUUUAUACCAAUUUAAAACGCCAACUAGAGCCCUUCUGAGUCUUUGUUUCGUAUAAUUUGUUUUUAUGAUUUAUAGUUACAAUUUUGUGAACUCUAGUCCAAGCAAAAUACCAAAAUGGUCAUAGAUAAUGUAAGAUCUAUAUGUCAUUUUAGUUUAACAUAAUGUAAUGUUGAUAUUAUUGUUGCAAUUCAGUUUACCUGAAUGAGUGAUAAGUUUAGGCAAACUCAAUUUUCAUUUUAAAGGUAUAUGGAAUACAUAGCAAACUGUCCCUUAAACCGCAGAUAAUUCAACUAGUUCUUGUUCUUUUUCUCUUCUUGAAAGUGCAUUGGUGAUAGUACAUACAGAAAGCGGAAUCGUUCUCAUGCUAUAUUCCCAGUGAUGAGACCUCAGCAGUACCUUUCAACUGCUUCUAUGCCCUUGCUCUUACCAUUCUCCCCAUUUGUAGGUCCCAUUUUGGUAUGGCGAAUGUAAAUUUAAUGUAGGAUUCAUUCUGUUAGAUGUAUGUAAAUUAUUUUUAAAAAGUCAAAUGUAGACACUUAGUAAUAGGUUGUAAUUUAAAGACAAUCUAAUCAACAUUUAACUUUUGAUUACAAGAGAACUAUUAGUGUUAUAAAAUUUCUCAAGCCCAUAUCACAGUAGAAGACUAAUAUUUAUCAUUCUCUUGUACAUAGCCAAUAGCAUAUUUUCGUAUGCUCAAUUAUAGAAAGAGGAAAAAAAUAAAUUUCAUGUCGUUUGCCAUUGAUGCUAUAUGACAAUAUUUCUCCUUUCUAGCUGAGUUUCUUACUGGAAAAACAUAUGUGACAGUUGUAACUUAAAAUCCUUUACAUUGGUGUUAAUAUCAAGAUAUUCUCAAUAGUGUAGUCAUUGCAUUUCAAACUGAAAUAGCUUUUACUAAACUUGUUUCUCAACCUUGGCAAAAAACAUCUUCUUUAAGAAGAUAGACGUAAAGAAGCAUUCAUUCAGAUAUGCAUCUGUUCUGAAAAAUACAUUAGUCGAGGCUUUCUUUAGGUAAAUUUUAAAUGUCUGGGAUGAACAUGGGUAACUUUGUUCUUCAUUUACAAUUUGUCGUUGGAAGUGGCUGAUCUCACGGCGGACGCUAAUUUGCAAUGCCUGCGCAAAUCAUAUUUUCUUAAAAUUUCCUGCAUAUCAUUGCAGGUUGUCAGGUAUACUUAAGUAGCAGUAGCAAUCAUUCUAAAGUGUCUCUAAGUGUUACUGUAGUUGAACAUCACUUGUCUUGUUUAUGGUUUACAUCAUGAAUAUUUUUGGUUACAUACAAACGUAUAUAUCGAUCUAUAUAUUUAAUAUAGAUAUAUACAUAUAUCUAUUGUCAGAUCCUUUUUUGUGCAAUAAAUCAAAUUUAAACAGCAGUUGCACUCAAAUUAUUGUCUGUUCUUGCAUGACUUCUCUAAAAAAAAAUGUGUUGCAAACUUUCUAGAGUCCGUUGUCUCCCACUGUUCCCCUUCUGGUCAUUGUACGUCACAAUAUGUCAAAAACUAUCUUUCAGUUUUGCUGCUGGUCAUUUAAAUUUUUGUUUAAAUUCUGUUACAGCACAUACACUAAAUUUUGUAGAGCUUGACUCAUUGUGACUGGGUUUUUCACUUUUUAUAUUUUUUCACAGAAUAAGUGUACCACUUACUUGGACCAUGUUGUAAUUGUAUUGCCUUAGCAAACAUAGUAUAUUUUAUCAUUGAUACUGUAUGCACAUAUUUUUCAGUGCACCAAUAUAAAUCUGAAAAAUCCGUCCAACUCUCUGAGUCGUGUGAAUUUAAUAAUAAAUGAGGUCAUGAUUAUAGGUGUCUGUACAGCACUGUUUUUAGAGCAUUGGUCUUAUGAACUGAAAUAUUCCUCUAAUUGGUGUCUAGAUAUUACGAUUCCACACUUAGCUACAUGGUAAUUCUCAUUCUGCACUUUUAAAAUUAUAUUCUGUUAUUGAGUUCCUCUCUUCAAAGCUCCUCUAGUGUUUAACUUAUCAUUAGUCAUGUUUGGUUGGAGUAUCUUAUGUAAUAUCAUCAAUGUGCACAUUUGUUUCUUGUUGGACUAUACCCUUGUUAUUGUGUGUACUCCAAUGUACAUAAUGUUCUGCGGUUUAUGGUUUAGAUAAAAUACUUAAAAGUUCGUUAAGAUACUCCACCAACCUAAUGUACUAGUUCUUUUCUUACUAGCUAUUAUUGCUAAUUGCCAUUGAAAUACUAAAUGCUGCAAUAAGCAAUCACAGCAAUCAUGGUUGUGUAUAACAAGUAUUGUUUUCUUCUUUUGACCUAUGUCAGUGAUUUUCUUAAUUGGGAUAUCACAAAAAAAAUUGUUCAAUUUUUGUAUAGAUCUUUUCAAACUAGAUCUUUUCUUUUUCUAUAAUGUUAUUUAAAUACUUAAAUUAUCAUAUAUCAAUUAUAAGAAAGGCCAUUCUGAACACCUUCUCUUCUCCUGCUUGAAUGCAGAGGACUAUGGGAGUGUGUACAGGCUUGGCUGCACUAGUUUAGAAAUUUCACAUUUGUGAAAUUUGUUGUAGAUAGCAAAUUAAAUAAAAUAUUCAAUAAUAAAAAAUAAAAAAAUAA